UCUUGCGCUACAAUUGGUUCCCAUGAACCAGUCAUUCGCCAACUUGCCCGUGAACCAGAGCCAGUCACCUCAUUCACCAAUUGCCCAAUUCCGCUUAGCAACGCCAUGACUAACACGGCCGAGCGCCCCGCCCAUCGCAGGCCGCGCAUUUGAUUGCACUCGCCCAAUCGCCCAUCGGGCAAGGCUUAUCUCUGGGCCUGGAUGCUCUUACUCUUAUCGCGGGUCCCCGGCAGUCGACGGGGGAAAAACCGAAGAGCGGAAAAAAAAAAGAUUAAAGAGGAACUACAAUUCCCCAACUGACACACCCCACAUUCUCGAUUCCCGUUCUCGUUUGCCUCCCUUCCUUCUCUUCGUGUCGCACCGGGAGAGAAAUUCGAGACCUUGCAUCCCGUCGGUUUCGCGAAACUUGUCAGGGAUUGUUCUUCUCUGUUACCAUACACGGCUUUACCCCUCCAUCCCUCGUUCGCCGAUAACGGUUCCCUGCUGCUGUACGCCAAGCUCCCGGUUCCACCUGCGACAUGCAGCUUGUUCCGAAGGAGCUCGACAAGCUCACGAUCGCGCAUCUGGGGUUCCUGGCGCAACGUCGUCUGGCGAGGGGUGUUAGAUUGAAUCAUGCAGAGGCCGUGGCUUUGAUUUCUAGUGUUCUGCACGAGCUCAUUCGCGAUGGCCACUACUCCGUCGCCGAUUUGAUGUCCAUCGGCAAGACGAUGCUAGGUCGUCGUCACGUUCUCCCCUCCGUCGUAGCUACCCUGGUCGAGCUCCAGGUCGAGGGUACGUUCCCCUCCGGUACCUACCUGGUCACGGUGCACCACCCGAUUAGUAGCGAUGAGGGUGAUCUGGAGCGUGCGCUCUAUGGAAGUUUCCUGCCCGUUCCUCAGCGCGAGGCAUUCCCCGAUCCGGAUCCCGAAGAUUAUAUGCCGGAGAAGAUGCCUGGUGCGGUGAUCCCGGCUAAGCAUGCGAGAAUCGUGUUGAAUGAUGGACGGAAGCGCAUUCGUUUGAAGGUUAUGAGCAAGGGAGAUCGGCCGAUUCAGGUCGGAUCGCAUUACCACUUUAUCGAGACGAAUCCGCAAUUGCACUUUGACCGUAUCCAAGCCUACGGUUUCCGCCUCGAUAUCCCCGCCGGCACAUCAAUCCGUUUCGAGCCUGGAGAUACCAAGACCGUUACACUGGUCGAGAUCGGUGGUCAUAAGGUUAUUCGCGGAGGCAAUUGGCUGGCCAACGGGCCCGUGGACUUGAGCCGGGCCGAUGAAAUUAUCACUAAGCUAGAGGCGGCCGGGUUCGCGCAUGUCCCCGAACCAAUGGCGGAUAGCGCGCUGCUUACCGGGUUCUCCAUGGAGCGCGAGGCGUAUACGCGUAUGUUUGGUCCUACGACGGGCGAUUUGGUGCGUCUCGGUUUGACCAAUUUAUGGAUCGAGGUCGAGAAGGACAUGACCAUUUAUGGAGAUGAGUGUGCCUUUGGUGGAGGUAAGACUCUACGUGAGGGUAUGGGACAGGCAUCUGGACGCUCGUCGGCCGAGUGUGUGGACACGGUUAUUACCAAUGCCCUGAUUAUUGAUUAUACUGGUAUCUACAAGGCGGAUAUCGGUAUUAAGGACGGCUUGAUUGCUGGUAUUGGAAAGGCCGGUAACCCGGAUGUCAUGGACGGAGUGCACCCGGAUCUGGUAGUGGGCUCGUCCACGGACGUGAUUGCGGGCGAGAAUAAGAUCAUUACGGCUGGUGGUUUCGAUACGCAUAUCCAUCUGAUUUGCCCGCAGCAAGUCGACGAAGCUCUGGCAUCUGGUAUCACUACUUUCCUCGGUGGUGGUACCGGCCCUAGCACUAGCUCGAAAGCGACGACUUGCACCCCAGGACCCAACCACCUCAAAAACAUGAUGCAAGCCUGCGACAGCCUCCCUAUCAAUCUUGGCAUUACGGGCAAGGGCAACGACUGCGGAGCCAUCAGCAUUGAAGAGCAAAUCAAGGCCGGUGCGGCCGGUCUUAAGCUCCACGAAGACUGGGGUUCUACACCUGCAGCCAUCGAUAACUGUCUGGCCCUCUGCGACGAAUACGACGUGCAAUGCAUGAUCCACACGGACACCCUUAACGAAUCCGGCUUCGUCGAGCAAACCAUCGAAGCCUUCAAGGGCCGCACAAUCCACACCUAUCACACCGAAGGUGCCGGUGGCGGCCACGCACCAGACAUCAUCUCCGUCGUCGAGCACCCUAACGUCCUUCCCAGCAGCACAAACCCAACUCGACCCUUCACCCUCAACACGCUUGACGAACACCUCGAUAUGCUCAUGGUCUGCCACCAUCUGUCCAAGAACAUCCCCGAAGACGUCGCCUUUGCCGAAAGCCGUAUCCGUGCCGAGACCAUCGCUGCUGAAGAUGUCCUACACGACCUUGGCGCUAUUAGCAUGAUGUCCUCGGAUUCGCAGGCUAUGGGCCGCUGUGGUGAAGUUAUUCUACGGACCUGGCAUACUGCGCAUAAGAAUAAGGCGCAGCGCGGAAAACUGGAGCAGGAUGAGGGCUCGGACAACGAUAAUUUCCGGGUGAAGAGAUAUAUUAGCAAGUAUACGAUUAACCCGGCGCUGGCGCAGGGUAUGGCGCAUCUGAUUGGAAGUGUGGAGGUGGGCAAGGUCGCGGAUUUGGUCUUGUGGAACCCUAGUACGUUUGGUACGAAGCCCGUGCAAGUCUUGAAGAGUGGAAUGAUUGUCGUGGCGGAGAUGGGCGAUCCUAACGCUUCGAUCCCGACGAUCGAGCCUAUGAUUGUUCGUCCCAUGUUUGCUGCCCGCCUGCCGAGUACGUCGAUCAUGUUCGUUUCGCAAGCUUCCAUCGACAAUGGUGUCGUCCAGAGCUACGGUCUGCAGAAGCGCGUCGAGGCAGUCAAGGGUUGCCGUACCGUUGGCAAGAAGGAUAUGAAGUUCAACGAUAUUAUGCCCAAGAUGAAGGUUGAUCCGGAGAGUUAUACCGUUGAGGCUGAUGGCAUGCUGUGUGACGCGGAGCCUGCAUCUGAGCUACCGCUGACGCAGGCGUACUACAUCUUCUAAGUUUCUCAGCUUCUAGGUUGGAGUUGAAGCUGAAACUGGAAAAUUGUGCGAUGUCAAGGACUAGCUUGGGAUAACUCUCUCUCUUUGCGAGGACUUGUCCUUCAAGGUCUCUUUGUCCGUGUUGAUCGUUUUGCCAUUUAUCAUUCCCCUGCAUUAUUCGGUUUUCAUAUACCUCUCGAGCGUCUCCUUAUUUUGGGCGUUUCGUUGUCUCGUCAUAGCAAGAGAGAGCGCCCGUUUCGUGAUUGUGAUUUAGUAGCUACGAAAGUGACGACUCCUUUCUCUUUGAAUUCUCGAAGCCGUACUCCCUUCAUAUCCUUAAUUGCAAUCAAAACAUGUCAGUAGAUAGCCAAUUGCAUCCGGAU